AUGGCUCCCCACGAUGUGUUUCGAACCACUUUGAACAGCGCCGUGAGGCAGUGCAUCUGCCAACAAGCAGGCAGCUCCAGCGUCGCCGUCUCAUCGGUCACUCCCAGCUUGUCUAGCUCGACCAUCUCAGCCACGGCCACUGCGACCUUGAUUGCUUCGUCCCCCGCCACGACCAAGAGCAAAUGCCGCAAGACCACCACCCCUGCCACCGCGACUUCGACCCCUGUCUACGGAUCCAGCGCCGUGCCACUCUCUACCCCUGUCUAUGGAUCGAGUGCGGUGCCUUCCACCGUGACCGCCUCAGUGCCUCCUGUUGUGACUUCCGCUGCCUCUGCCUCUGCCAACACCCUCACUGCUGCUAGCUCUGUUGCUCCCCAUUCCGCUUCCUCGACUGGCCCCUCUGAGUUCACUGCUGUCAUUUCUUCCUCUGGCGCCUCCUCCACUGCCGCGACUUCCGGAGCUGUCGUUCCCACCUCUGCGGUGACUGUUGGCCCUGUUCCCACCCAGUCUUCUGCCUCCAGCUCCAAGGCCCACACCACCUCGCCCGUCGUCGUGCCCUCCUCGUCCUCCUCCGUCAAUGUCAUCACCAGCAGACACAUCUCUGCCUCUGGCGCUGUUUCUGACACCUCCGCUGGCCAGGCCACCACCACCACCGACCAUCGCCCUUCUCGCACCCGCACUUGGAGCGAAGUUCCUUCCGACUCGGCCACCCCCUCCACUUCCACUUUGACUGAGACCUCGACCACCACUACUGACCAUCGCCACCGCACAUCGGCCAGCUCAGAUGCCACUACCGAGGCCUCCUCGACCUCUACCGUCACCACAACCACUGCCGACCACCCCCACCGCUCGUCCACUACCACCACCACCACCACUACCACCACUACCGUGUUCACUACACCCUCUCCCAGCAACAACGGCGGCGGUGGUCAGCCCUCGACAAGCACCAGCGACAACGGUGGCGGACACCCCGGUCGCAACACCGACUCUGCCACGAAGAUCACCUCUACGACCGCCUCCGCCCCUGCCUCUACGACUGCCUCGGCCUCUGCCUCUUUCCCCACCGCUCCUGCUUCCUUCGCGACCGAAACUCCUCAGGUCUGAUUCCCAAGACCUCCUCCCCUCCCCUUCAAUAUCCCUAUGACAGUAUACACCUUACCUCAACUCGGACACUCUAUGAUAUAGUCUGCGCAGGCGAUACCGGCCCUGCGCGGAAUCUGGUGUAGAAUUACCUUACUCUAUUGAUGCCUUAAAAUACUUUAGUCCUUGAAAAAUGAACU